AUGAGUGCUUUAGCUUUAGCUCGUAGCCGCGCCUUCGCCUCAAAGGCUGCCCAGUUCAAGAACCUUCGAUUCUACACUGGGCCAACAAUUGAAUACGAGCACUUGACCUCUGGGUGGACGAAUGUCAAAGAUCUUGAAGAAUUCAAGAGACAAGAUGGAAAAUACUCGUUGCAAACCUUCAACAAGAUUUCACCCCAAGGUCUUGCAACCUACCCAAAGGAAUUAUUCGACGUGGAAGCUUAUGAUGAUGCCAAAGGUCGUCCAGCCCAUGCUCUAAUGCUUCGAUCCCACAAAAUUCAAGAAGAGGAAGUUGCAACUUCGGUUCGUUGUAUUGCUCGUUGUGGUGCCGGAACCAACAACAUUCCUGUUGCACGAAUGACCGAGCUUGGAAUUCCAGUGUUCAACACUCCUGGAGCAAAUGCAAAUGCUGUGAAGGAAUUGGUCUUAUGCGGUUUGUUCUUGGGAAGCCGAAGAGUUAUCGACGGUAUCAAUCAUAUGAAGGAUCUAGGAGAACAAGGUGUGGCUAGAGAACGCGUAGAAAAAGACAAGGCCAUGUUUGGUGGCAGGGAAAUCAAGGGAAAGACUUUGGCAGUCAUUGGACUUGGACACAUUGGAUCGGCAACUGCCCGUGAUGGAGCUUCGUUGGGAAUGAAGACUGUUGGAUAUGAUCCUGGUCUUUCUGUUUCAUCUGCAUUGAGCCUUCCCAAGACUAUGACAUUGGUAGAUUCUAUUUCCUCGGCUGUGGCCAACGCAGAUUACAUCAGUCUCAAUAUUCCAUACAUCAAAGGCGAGGGAGGUACCCACGGAAUCAUUGGCGAAGCUGUGAUUCGUCACUUCAAGCCCGAUGCCGUUAUCCUCAACUUUGCACGUGGAGAACUUGUCGAUUCUGAGGCAAUGAAGGAAUUCUUGGAUGCUGGUGAUGGCCGAUACAUCUCCGACUUUCCCGAUGAUUUGUGUUGGGAUCACAAAAAUGCCGUUAUCAUGCCACACUUGGGUGCUUCCACAGAAGAGGCCGAAGAUCAAGCAGCAUGCAUGGCAGCUGAAACCAUUCAACGAUACCUUGAAGAUGGAACAAUCCGUCAUUCUGUGAACUUUCCAGAUACCGAUUUGGCAGUCCGCCAAAAAGAUUUCGUUCGAGUAACAGUUGUCAACAAGAACAUUCCAGGAAUGCUUUCCAAGAUUACGGAAGUCUUUGCAAAACACUCUGUCAAUAUUGUGCAGCAAGUGAAUCACUCUAAGGGGGAUGUUGCUUACAAUGUGAUUGAUCUUGAUCCCGCUGGAGGAGACUCAAUUGAUUUGAAGGAUCUACAAAAAGAAGUGACAAUGCUCGAGGGAGUGCUGAGCAGUCGUAUUCUCUUCAGCAACCCCGGUGUUGGAUACGCCAGAAAUAUUGACGGCGAGUACCACGUAUAA